AUGGACCUUGCCAUUCUUGCUUCCAACAUCUUGGACGAACUUAACACUCUUUGCAGCAAUAUGUCAAUGAAAAGACCGGACUUUCAACUUUUGCAACCACCACCACCACCUCCGCCUCCUCAACCUGUUGCAGCCCCCACUCCUAUGGAUAUCGAUGCCAUCACGGCAAGUAUCGGUUUCCCCUUCUCCGCUUAUCGCGCCCUUUGUGUCAAGAAUAAUAUUUGUCAGUGUUGUCAAAAGACAUACAAUGAGACUCACAUCAAGAACCGUUCUUGUCCUAAUACGGAGGUCGCUAUGAAAGACAAGCUCGACCUCUUUUCUCAACUCUUGCAAAGCAACCCCCCAACUACUCAUCUCAGCCAGAUCAACUUGGCACCUGCCUUCCCUUCCUUUCUUUCUGGAUCUUGGGAUCAUAUUGGUACUGGUUUGUUUGCCAAUAUGCUGAUGUAUGGUCAUGAUGAGGAUGGAAAUCCAAUUGAUGAUGAUGGCAAGUUCAUUUCUUCAAUUUCCUCUUUAUCACCUCAUACACCCUUUCCUCCUCCCUCUUCCUCUUCUAGACUAGUUCUUCCGAUUCAACUUCUACUUCCUGGCAACUUUUCCACCAUAGCAUUGGCUCUUAUUGAUUCUGGCGCUGGCAACUCUUUUAUCAACCAUGACUUUAAGUUGUCAGGCUAA